AUGUACCAAAAUCUUGGGCUCGAGCGACGCGGAGAUGUCUUCAUCCUCACUCUACAGAAGCCGCCAGAGAACCGCAUGACUUCGCAAUUCUGCCAAGAGAUCAUCCGGGCUUUGAACGAUGUUCGGAAGGCGCUGGGGCCCGACGCGCCUGGGGCUGUCAUCAUUCGAGGCAAUGAUACCAAGUUCUUCUGCACAGGUCUAGAUCUCUAUGAACGAGACACAAACCCAUAUGCCAGCUCGGAGGGAUUUUAUCCGCUUGUUGCAACUCUCCUAGACUUUCCAUUCCCAACCAUUUGUCUUAUUACUGGACACACUUUUGGAGGCGCCUCAGUGAUGACACUGGCCCACGACUAUCGCGUCAUGAAUGCUACCCGUGGGUACUGGUGCAUGCCAGUGGCAGAGCUCGGCCUGCAUUUCGAUGGGAUGGGUGCUCUUCUGAGAGCCAAGCUGCCACCACAGACAGCCAGGAAGGUCAUCCUACAGGGCCAUAAGUUCACGUCAAGCGAGGCAUUGGCGGAUGGCAUAGUGGACGAGAUCACCCCACCGGAAGAGAUGCUUGAUCGUGCCUUGGACCUUGCUAACAGGGUCAAAUCCAAGGCAAAGAUGGGGGUCUACGGAUUGUUGAGAGGAGAACUGUAUGGUGAGGCGCUGAGGGCGUUCCAACAGAUCAGUUAUGUUCAUUCUCGACUCAAUUCCCGUCAGGCAAAGGUCAAGCUAUAG